AUGCGCUUCCAUGUGCUGACGAUUUUCCCCGGGAUGUUCGACGGGCCCAUGUCGGAGAGCAUCAUAUCGCGCGCCGUUGAGCGUGGGCUGGUGGAAAUCAACCUGCACGAUAUUCGCGACUACACGACCGACAAGCAUCACAGCGUGGACGACUAUCCCUAUGGCGGCGGGUUUGGCAUGGUGAUGAAGCCUGAGCCGAUACUCAGAGCGGUUGACAGCGUAAAGGCGGGCGCCCGCCUUGAAGACUCCGCUCCCGUCAUACUGCUGACGCCCCAGGGUACACCGUUGACCCAGCCUGUCGUAGAACGGCUGGCGACGCACCGCGACCUCAUUCUCAUCUGCGGGCGUUAUGAGGGUGUGGAUGAGCGAGUGCGGGAGGGCGCUGCGACCUGUGAAUCAGCGUGGGGGACUAUGUUCUCAGUGGAGGUGAGCUGGCAGCUAUGA